AUGGCUGCGGGACGGGUAAAAGUAGUGAUUCUGGGACACUCGUUUAUACGACGUUUGCGUGAUUUUGUGUUGUCAACACCUGAGUAUAGCAAUUUGAGACUUUAUUCUACACAAUUCUCUGUUGAAUUUCGAGCGAGAGGAGGUUUAUCCAUCCGACAAUUAGCCAACAGCCCACAAUUGACGGACUUCGUGGACCAAGAUGUUUGUUUUUUACAAAUCGGAAGCAAUGACUUAUGUGAUCCAGCGAUUCCAGUGAAAGACAUUGCCAAUGGAAUAACAUCAUUUGCUUCUUUUUUGAUCGCUGCGGAAAAGGUGAAAGUUGUGAUUAUUGGCCAAGUCCUCUUUAGGUCACCACAUGCUACAGAUCCAGAUUACAACAACAGAGUUAGAGAACUGAAUGUGUUAUUGAAAUCGAAUUGUGUAAACUCGGACGCAAACUUGAGAUUUUGGCAUCACUAUGGAUUCUGGAAGGAUCCGAAUUUGCCCCACUUAUCACCAGAUGGUGUCCAUCUACAGAAUCCGAGGGUAAAUGCCCGUCCCAUGCAGAAAUAUGCCCAAAGCAUCAAAAGUGCAAUUCUACAUUGUGCUCGCACCUUCAUGCUCAGAUAA